GUGCCGAGGGCAAGCCGGCCUCCAAGGCGCCGGCAUCCACGCAUCGCGACCCUGGAGCGCCUGCCAGAGUCCGAGCUCGCGGCGCAGAGAUCGAGGGUGGACUUGGCGAGUCCAGAGGAGCGGCUGCUUCUGGAGAGGUUCCCGCAGGCGAACCCUCGAGCUCCUCGGCGGGCCCAGCCGCCGGGCCUUCGAGUUCCGCAGACGGGGCCAUGGACGUGAGAGGCCUGGUGGUCGAGGAGGGGAUCCCGCUGGAGCUGCAGUCGCUGGUGAUCAGUGACUUGUUCAAUCCAGGGCGCUUCAACGCGCUGGCACCUGCUCUUGGAUUGGCACCCGGAGUUGCUGCAGAUCUCGAGCUCGUCAGUGAAGGCGUUUAUGUUGUUCGGCGAGAUAUGCGUUCGUGGGGCCUGAAGACUAAGAACGACAAGGGGGAUCUGGAGCCCGCGAUGAAGGCCACGGGCUGGAUGACUAACAACCGCAAGCUAGCUGAACUCCCAAGCCGCAGGCGCAACGGGAAACGCAAGCAUACGCAGCUCAUGGGCAAAAGCACGGUCAGGAGAGCUAAGACCUAUACGAUGAAGCUCAAGAAGGGUAUCCUUGGAGCUCUCAAGCAGGAGCUC